ACCCGCACUGCCUCCCCAACGGCAAGGUCAUGAUCUCGACGAUGGGCGACGAGCACGGGCGUGGCAAGGGCUCCUUCGCCACCUUCGACUCCGUGUCCUUUGAGCCUCUCGGACUCUGGACCAAGGACUCCUCCGACUACGGCUACGACUACUGGUACCAACCCACCGCACGACGUCCUCAUCUCGACGGAGUGGGGCUGCCCCUCUCCUUCUCGAAGGGCUUCGACCCAAGGACGUCGCCGCAGGGAAAUACGGGACGCACCUUAACGUAUACUCGUGGAGUGAGCAGCGACUUCUGCAGCGCAUAGACCUGGGUUUGGAGGGCGUGAUGCCCCUGGAAGUGCGGUUCCUGCACGACCCGCUCUCCACGCAGGGCUUCGUCGGCUGCGCCCUCUACGCCAACGUCUUCAGGUUUUACCGCAAGGACGACGGGACGUGGGCAGCGCACAAGGUGAUCAGCAUCCCCCCCUAAGAAAGUGGAAGGCUGGGCAUU